AUGUCGCAAUCUCCAAGCUUGCGAGUAAUACGGAUUCCUCGAACGAUUUGGAAGCAGGCUGCUUUGAAUCACCAAGAUAGGAUACGAAGCCUCCUUCAACCAGGUCUGUUGCCCGCUGACAACGGGAAAACGCAGCGUAGGCGACAGAAUCGGUAUCCUGCUGAUACCUGGACUGCCUUGGAUGCAAAAAAUCCCAUCUACAAUUUCCUCAUUGAAUAUUACGGACUCAAGGGCGUGAAAGGGACAAAACGCCUCGCUCGAUGGUGUCCCAGUCCAAACUUGCUCCUUCACCCCAAUAAACAAUACGAUAGUUUGGAAGCCUUGAGCCAAUACUCCAACAUUGCGCCUGGUAAUAGUGCAAUUGACGAAAGGGAUGCGAGUAUAUUUUUGGAAGACGUAACCGAAGAGGAUUUGGCCACCACUCUGCAGCUGCGAGGCGCCAUCUUGGAAUCAGAUGGGGCAUUGUAUAGCCCAUCGCUGUGGUUCCAACAGAAAAACGAGGAGCAGAAACCAGAUAACACUUCCAAGAACAGUGCGGCGUCUGCCUUCUUGUGGUACCGAUCCAUUCUUCAACAAACCUUACAGGCCGAGCCAAUUUUGCACUGUCAUGGCUUGCACGAAUGGGCCAUGCAGUACCACCCAGAUGGAGAGCCUUCGCCUCCGAGUGCAAAGUAUCAGGCUCAUUUACCUCUCCGUGUAAGCCGGCAAGUGAUAAGCGAGACUGUGGAACGAAAGGGAAUUAGCUGCACUCACGUGGAUGCCUUGAGGUUCUUUGCUCCUGCUGCGGGACCACUCAAUCAUCACGGAGCUCGGUUAGAACGAAUGGAUCAGCUUCGUCUGGAACAGCCUGCAUGUGUUCAUGCACAAAUGGAUCUGCUUAAGAUUGCUUUGCGUCUCCAACCAUUUUGCAAUCCAGACUUGCUACAACAUGUGCUUCAAUUGGCAAUAGAUGCACGCCGUCUGGAUGUAGCAGCCAGUCCAUAUGAUGCCACAGGCUAUGGAGUAGGAGUUAUCCCCGUGGAAAUAGAUUCGGGACGCUCUCAGUACAGGAAACAGCAACGAUUAUUGAUGGAACGAGCCGACCCAAUACGAAGGGAGCUCUUGGAAGCUUACAACAUAUUUCUCAAGCUUGCUUUCGAUGAAGAUCCCAGCACUUUGGAGGCUCAUGUGACUCCAUCAAAAGAAAGAUUUGCCCAGGCUGAACCGGGUGGAAAGCCCUGGAGGAAAAAUCUCGUCUCCCCGACCGUCUAG